UCCAUCUCUAUCAAAUUAUUGCUACUCUUUUUCAGUAGGUUUUUCCUACAGGGAACGCAGGAAAUAUUUAGGGCUCUAAAUACAAAAGUGACUUCCAAAUUAAAAAAUGGACUCCCAAAAGGCAAAGACCAUAGCCGCCAUACCACUGGAGCACCAGAGAAGACCCCAUAGCGCACCUAUUCUACAGGCAAGGCCAUCCAUUUGGGGCAGAAAUAGUGGCGGAUCCACCCAAACCCCAAAGUCGAAAGCAAUUGUCGCCGUGCCUGCGCUUAGGAUGCGUUCAAAGAGUGAUUUGGCCACGCCGCACUGCCCGAAUCCGUAUGCAGUGAGUAGCCGCAUCUACCGGCCUUCCAGAUCCCUCAUCUUCGACUACAAUCUGUCGCCGGUGGAGCAGCAACAACAAAUGGACGACAAAUACAACUAUCCGGAGGCUACCAGCUGGCGAUACGGCUGGUUCCAUUUGCAGUCCAAUCCUUGCCAGAAAAGACAACCAAGAAGGGACUAAUUCGAAGGUUGUCUUAUGCCGUAAACAGUUUCAGAAACAGUACUUAAAUUAUUCUUAUAACUUUGGGUAGAUCGUAAAAUAAAUAGUGUUAAAAAAAGGCAGUGAAAAUAAUUAAAUAUACAAAGGCAGAAAAUUCA